GGUCACAUUUCAUUAGAUCUGGCGAGACUGUGAGUAGGUAUUUCAACAAAGUGUUAGAAGCUAUUUGCCACAUACGACCACGCUUUUUAAGACAAGCACGGAAUGAAGUUCCACAGGAGAUCCUUAGCAACCCUCUAUACUAUCCUUAUUUCAAGGAUUGUAUUGGUAUGAUAGAUGGUACACAUGUUGAUGCUACGCUACCUGCUAGUCUUCAACCACGAUUCCGUGGUCGAAAAGGUGUUACACAAAAUGUUUUAGCGGCUUGCACUCCAAACAAGUUAUUCACUUACGUAUUAGCUGGAUGGGAAGGUUCUGCAAAUGACUUUAGAGUCCUCCAAGAUGCAUUGUGUAGGCCACAACCUCAUGGCUUGAAAGUUUACGAUGGAAAGUAUUACUUGUGUGAUGCGGGAUACACGACCAUGCCGGGUUUUAUCUCCCCAUAUCGUGGUGUUCGUUACCAUUUGAAGGAACAAAUAGGAAGAACACCUAAAAAUAGAAGGGAAUUAUUCAUAUUCUUCUUUAAGGUCUAA